GAAAUUGGAGCAGCUACAAGCACAAGGAGAGGAACGAAAGGGAGGGAGGAGAGAAAAGAGGAUAAUAGGAGGAGGAAGAGGAAAUGGGUGGCACUGUGAAAGCGGUGGCUGUCAUCUCAGGGGCCGACCCCAAUAUAAGGGGCACUCUUCAGUUUGUUCAGGACCCUAGUAGAGGAGCUACCCAUGUCAAAGGGAGGAUAAGCGGGCUCCGUCCAGGCCCUCACGGCUUCCAUAUUCACUCCCUCGGCGACACCACCAACGGCUGCAAUUCCACUGGACCUCAUUUUAAUCCAUUGAAGAAAGACCAUGGAGCUCCUUCUGAUAUGGAGCGCCACGCAGGAGAUUUGGGUAAUAUUGUUGCUGGUCCAGAUGGUGUUGCUGAGGUUUCAAUCAUUGACGUGCAGAUUCCACUGAGUGGACAGCAUUCCAUACUGGGGAGGGCAGUUGUUGUCCAUGCAGAUCCUGAUGAUCUUGGAAGAGGUGGACAUGAACUUAGCAAGACAACAGGAAAUGCUGGUGGAAGAGUUGGAUGCGGUAUCAUUGGGCUUCAGUCAUCAGUCUAAAGACCAAUUGCUACAUCUAGUUCAUGCAGUCCAAGCUCGAAGACAUCAAAACUUUGUUUUGCUUCCCAGUAAUACAUGUGUGAUAAAUGUUUUUCUCCUUUAUGGGUAAAGGGAUUCUUUUUCUGAAAUGAAAGUUGUAUUUAGUUGCAGUUGCAACUUUUCUAGAAACUGUGGCAUUGUAAACUCCUCCUUGUACCUGCAAAAGGCCUUCGUGUUUUGCAUCACAUGGCCCUCCUAUUAAUUGUCUUAGGAAGUGAGCUCAUAAUGAAGUGUCAUCAUAUUGAGAAUCAAA